UUAAGCUUCACAAAAUUACUGUCAGUUUUCUGAGUGACAUAAAAUUUUGACAAUAAUGUCACAAAGGAAAGUCAAAAUUUUUCAAGUGCAGUUGUAAAAUGUAAUUUAAAACACAAAAAAAGGAAAUAAAACAUGAAAAAGUGAUGAAAAAUGUUUCCAUUACGCGAGGAGAGGACAUACAGGUUCAUGCUAGAAAAAGAAUGAAUCGACAUCACAAUGCCACUCAGAAAGAAGAAAUGUAUCAGAAAGAAAAAGAAAAGCGUAGCUUCUAGUUCGUUUCCAAUGAAACUCUCGAAGCAUUUGAGACAAGAUGGUGUUUUUGGAGGAUCUGGACCCACAAUCGAGAGACAUCCUUCAGUCCUGUCCAAAAAAUCCCCUUAUAAGCAUUAUGAUAAAGGCGGCGUCCAACGGAUUAUGUCACCAUUUAACCGGUUUGCCCAUAACAGUCCUCGAAUAGCUGAUAGAAAAAGAUAUAACACCAUGGGUCUUCAAAGCACUUACCGAUCCACGGGGCUCUCGCCCAAAGAGAAAGCUUACGUAAUUUGCAGCUGCCAAACAAGGUCAUCGAGAUACGUAAAACUUAAAAACUUGGCUUCAACUGCUAUUAAAGAGAAUAAGAUAUUUUCUAUCUAUGGUAGCUGUGGUGCCGUUCGCAAAGCCUUACUUGAACGCGGGUGGGUAGAAAAAAUACCACCUAAUCGGAUGAACUUAUCCAAAAUACGUAAUGGUACAUUCACUAAUAAAUCAGAAAUACAUGGAGAACUAGAAAGAUUACUUUUAUCCAAUUUAGUUGAGAAGUACAACCCGAACUUCAUUUGGCGCGUUAAAGAUGAACAACGCGAACCACCGAUGAUAGACAUGAACUCUGCUAAAGAAUGCAAUACUAUAGUGAAUAAACUUAAAACUGAUGCCCAGUGGACUACAAAACAAGGGUUAUGUUCAUCGAUGAAGAGAAAUUACUGGUUUUAUAUUGAGGAUGUAGCUGAAGUCAAUGGUCCACGAACAUACAAUAGUUAUGAUGUUGGGGAAAUAGAAGGAUUUGUGAAGGAUUACAAAAUAACAGCUUGCACUAGCUUAUUGAAAUGGAUUCUUUCUAUGGUUGCUAAUGAGAGGCCAGUAUUUAUAAAAUCAGGCAAGAUGUCCAUCAAUGUAUUAGUUUUCGCACUAAAUAGAUGCAAAGAAUACUUGUUCCGAAAACAACAUAAAGAUAUCGAUAGAUCUCUGAGCACUGCAAGCUCCGGACAAUGGAGUGCGUUCCUAAAAAAAUAUUACAGAAUAAUUGCAAAACAAGAUGUAUUUCAAGAGGAUAAAGAUAACAAACUGCCACUUUACUUGGGAUAUGCUAAGUGUUUACUAAAAGAAAUACAUAGGUAUCGCCCUCAACUAAGUUGCGAGGGCUGCCACAAUAUUUGGAUCAUAAAGCCUGCUCAUUGUUCUAGAGGUAGAGGCAUAAGAAUGGCUUCUAAAUUAGGAGUCAUUACGAACUUAUUACAUAAAGCUAACGCUAAGUAUGUCAUCCAGAAAUACAUUGAAGAACCACUUCUCAUUCACGACACCAAGUUUGAUAUCAGACAGUAUUAUCUGGUCACGAGCACUUUUCCUUUGGUAAUAUGGAUGUAUACAGACUGCUAUUUGAAAUUCAGCUCUCAAAAGUACAACUUGAAGAACUAUCACGAAUCAAUUCAUUUGACUAAUAAUGCAGUUCAGAGGAAAUACAAGAAUUGUAUGGGACGGCAUUCGGAGCUACCACAAAACAAUAUGUGGGAUUUAGGGAUGUACAAAGAUUAUUUAAAGAAAAUUGGAAAGAGCGCAGUAUGGGAUAAUAUUAUUUAUCCUGGAAUGAAAAAGUCGAUUGUCGGCAUUAUGCUCAGUUGUCAAGAUUCUUUAACUGUUAGCAAAAAUAGGUUCGAGCUCUACGGUUGCGACUUUAUUCUGGACAAAGAAUAUAAGCCUUGGUUGAUUGAAAUCAACUCUUGUCCGGAUCUGAACCACACUACCCAAGUAACGGCCAAGAUAUGCCCCGCUGUUGUUUCAGACAUAAUAAAAGUGGUUGUCGACUACGCUGGCAAUACGAGUUCACCAACAGGAAAAUUCGAGUGCAUUUAUCGACAGCCGAUAUCUAUACCACGCUAUGGCGGUGCGGCCGACUUAUUUGUCCGUGGGUACACUUUGCCCUUGGACUAUUUCUAUAGAGGCAAUAUAGAGAUCAAAGAAUCUUAUGACGAUCCUGAUAUUGGCAAGGAACGCGACAUUAAAGCGAUGCUCAACAAAUUGAAACAUAUCUACGACACUGAUAUAAUGGUUCAGCCAGAUGACGAUGAUGAACCAGAGGUUGAUAGUGUGUCGAGCAAACAUGAAGACCCCUUGCCUUGUGACCAUAAUACUGAGUCGGAGAACGAACUAUCUGUGGCAGCUACGGUGAUCACUGAGCAGUUGGAUGAGAUAGUAGACCGUAUUACCACUUCCGAAAACAGUUUUGAUUCAAAGUCCGAAGAGAAACUGGAUGUUCCAUCGACACAUUCUUCCAAAAAACACAAACAUAUCGUCAAGCGAUUGCAAAGUGUUACCGAUAUUAAGGCUUUGUUAAAGAAUUCCUGCAGUCGUUUCGCUUCUAUGGAAGCACUGAGCAUCAAGAAGACAUUUAGUUUUAGUGAGUUGGAUGAUGGCCCUCAAGGCAAAGGAAGUUUUGUAGAAUUUAAUCCCAUCAAAAGAAUGUUUGAGAACUUAAGUCCUAAUAUUGGUAUUUCUAACGAUGAAAACAACACGCAAGAUGAAAUUAUAAAGGCCACCUCCAAAAUUAUAUCUUUUAUUAACCAAAAAGAAAAAGAAUAUUUUCAGGAAUUUCUCAAGUGA